AUGAGCUUACGAGCGAGUCAUUUCGAACAGGACCGCCCGAUCGCGGAUGCGGACGGGGGCGGCGUUAAUCGGCGGGGGCGGGCGGGCGGAUGUGUCGUCGGGAAACGGUCGGUGAAGGUGAAACCUAAAUCGACGGCGGCGAAGGCUGCGCCGCCGCGAAUUCACGAUGGGGACUACUGGAAAUCUGCACAAGUGAUGGCCGUGCCGGCGUUUGCUCCGCCGUCGUUUUCGUUCUGA